GGCGGAGGAGUCACCUUUUUUAAAAAAAAUAUUGGCAUAAUAAUUAAUUAGAGCCCGCAGUCUCUUUAGAGUGUGUUUCUCACUUUUAAGUAAUUCUUUGCUCCCACAAUGGAAGAUGAAGAUCAACAGGCCUUAAAAUUUGCAAUCUGGCAGACAGUAGAUCAGAUUGUUCAACAAGAAGCUCAAAAAAUAGGCAAGACAGUAUCAUCAGAGUUUGUCACAUCGCUAGCAGACGUCGUCUACGAGCAAACUGGUACCAUGGCCAAAGAUCUAGAGGCAUUUGCAAGGCAUGGAAAGCGAAGUACGAUUUCCAUGGAAGAUGUGAAGCUUUGUGCUCGUCGGAACGAUAGCUUGUAUGAGCUGAUCUGUCAAUACGCAACUGAAAUUUCUCGACGCCGAAAGCAAUAAAGACAACACAAGCUUAUA